AUGUCGGAACCACCCAGCGCCGACGACGCACUCUCCAUCCUCCUCAACUCGCCCUUCAAAUCCCGUCUAAACACCAACUAUGCGCCCUCGCCCUCCGAAAUCGCCCAAAUCAACCAUCUCCUCUCCGACCCCGUUGCCUCCCUCUCCUCGCUCGAGCGUGAAAUCCAUGACGCAUGGGCGGCGCUCCACGUCCUCCUCGUCCAACGUCAAAACCUCAAACGCGAAGUGGAUGCUCAUAGAGCUUUGCUUACGCCGAUUAGGAGGAUACCGGAUGAGCUGCUGCAGCUGGUGUUUGAGCAUACGUUGCCUGAUGGGCAUCUACCUGUUUGUUCGACGAGGGCGUCGCCGUUGGUUCUGACGUUGGUGUCGAGGGAGUGGAGGAAGCUAGCGCUGCGCACGCCGAGGCUGUGGAACCGGGUUCAUAUCGCCAUUCCGUUCGCCGCGAAGGAGCAGGAGGAGGGCGAGGGUGAGGGGCUGGGACUUGGUGUUGGACAGCGGGAGGUGACGAGGCGUGUCGUAGACGGUAUCGAGCAGGGCUGGGUACGAUGGGCGGGGAAACUCCCUUUGGAGUUCUCGCUGUGUUGGCCGAGGGGAGCGAAGAGACACUCACCGCUGGAGAGGACGUUCCCGAAGAUGGUGAUGGAGUAUCACACCCGACUUUCAUCACUUCACCUCGACCUACCCGAUUCACUCCUCGACUACGUCCUCCGAUUUCAAGGAUCCGACUUACCCCACCUCCGACGCGUCAGUUUACAUCUCAAGGUGGAUCCGGGGAAACCGGCGAGAGGGGGACGAGCGGCGGGAGGGGCGCUGUGGACGGCGGAGAGGUUGGAGAGUGUGGGGUGGUACCAUGUUGAUAGCGAUGUGCUCGGUCUGCCGUUGAGGUGGGAGCAGGUGAGGGAGGUGGAGGUGGAGGGGACGGGACAGACGCCGCUUUCGUUUGUGUCGGUUAGGGAUGCGAGGGCGCUGAUGGAUGCGGCGCCGAGGUUGGAGAGGUUGGUGCUGCAGUUGACGCAGUAUGAGGAGAAGAGGUUCCAGAGGCGACGGCCAGCGACGCUAAACGACGACGACGGCGAGGGUGGAGAUGGAGUUGGAGAGGUGGGUGCAGAAGGCGAGAGAACGACGAGCGAAGCAGAAGAACAACAAGCCGAGGAAGAGCUGAUGAACAAGACGAUUUGGAUGCGCCAUCUCGAGUACCUCGCGCUCUUCGAUAUCCAAUGGUCCCUCGAAGAUCAAGACAUCCCGCGCUUCUUCUCAUCGAAACUCCAGACUCCGAAUUUGAAGACGUUGGUGUAUAGGUCUACGCCGUUGUUGCGGGAGUUUCACGAGGUGAUGUUGGGGAUUAGCAGGGAGGAUGAUCCUCAGCCUGCGCGUACGUCGGAUUCGAACCCUGGCUCCACCACGACAGUCGCCUCGGUUGGCCCUCGCAAACGACCUAUGACGAACGAGAACGAUAAUCAGAAUCUACACCGCACACCACUCCUCAUGUUCCUCCAAACUCAACUCGAACCGCUCCGUCUCACGUCGUUCACGAUACAUGCGGAAUCGAUGCCUUCGGAGGACGCGUUGAUGAGGUGUUUGGAGUGUAUGGAGGCGUUGAGGGUGUUGGAGGUUGUGGAUGCGUUCAGGGUGUUGGAGGUUGUCGGUGGUGAUCGUGGUGUUGGGUAUGGAGUUGGAUCUCUGUCGGGUGGUCAUGAUGGUGGUGCUGGGUUUGGGGAUGGUAGUGGGAUUGAGGAGGAGAGGGAUGGCGAUGGCGAUGGUGUGACGGGGAGGAUUGUACCCACCGACCGACUUUUGAAGGCGUUUUGUGGGGUGUGGGAUGCGGGUUGGUCGGUUGACUCUAGUGUGGCAGGAGGAGGAGGAGGGUUGAAAGGCAAGGGGAAGGGGAAGGGGAAGGAGAGAGAAAGGGAGCGCGUGCUUUGUCCGAACCUCGAAUCGCUCAAGUGUGCGGUGGCGAGGUUUUCGGAGGGGGAGCUGGUUAGGUUUGUGAGGUUCCGAACUCGCGCGUGGGAUGGUGGUGAGGAGACGAGGAGGGAGGGAUGGGAUGGUGAACGAUUAAUCGACGCUCGAGUGCGGGAUGGUGACGAAGGGGUGGUCCACCGAAGACUUUGGAGGCUUGAAGUUGGGUUGGCGAGGUGUAGGCCUUUGAGGUGGAGUUUUGAUUCGUCGUCGUCAGAGAAGACGAUGGGGAGGGGAGGGGAGAAGGGGAGGAAGAGGGAGGUUGAUAUGGCUAUGGUUGUUGAUCUGUGGGAUGGGGGUGAUGAGGUGGGUAGGGACGACGUGGUUGUGAAUCCCGACGACGCGGUUAGGGACGACGAGGUUAUUCAACAUGCUCCCCCACCUUCGCGCCCAGAGCUCGCAGCGGGUUUGAGUCGGUCGUUAGACGCGAUCAUCCAAGACGUGGACUCUAUCAUCGAGGAAGACGACGCUAAGCCACCUCCGCCCUCACGCACGUGUUCGAUACACCUUCAGGAGUAUCUGGAGAAGGAAUUUGGGAUUAGGGCUGUUGUGAAGUAUGCUUCGGAACCCAAGGAUGGCGACGUACCUGACGCGAAGAGGUGGAAGGAGAGGACCUGGAGGAGGGAUGAAGAUGGGUGGAAGGAGAGGAGGAACGGGCGUGUGUGGGAUGGUGUGGAGAUGGAUGUGAGAGCGUUGGCGGGUGCGCAGGGGUUCCCGUUGGAUGGUGUUGUUCAGGUUUGGAGUAGUCAAGGCGGGGGUGGGGGUAGUGGUCAGAGUCAGGGUGGUCCUAGUAACGUCGUUGAAGCAGGUCCUAGUAUUUUUGUCGAUGCUGGUACCUUCAUCGAUGCUGGUCCUAGUACCUUCGUCGAUGCUAGCACCUUCGUCGAUGCUGGUUCGUACACCUAUAUCCCAUCACUGGAUCCGAUGGCAGGUGUUCAGAUGUCGAGUGUUCCGUUGCCUGGGGAUGAGGAUGGGGAGGGGGAAGGGGGAGUUGUCGAGGGUGGGGGAGAUAGUCAUGUUGUGGUAGGGAAUUAUGGUGGUGGUGGUGGGACGAAUGCCGGUGAACCAGUGGAUGGUGGUACGAACGUUGAAGCUGAAGAUUCGGUCGAACUUGAAGAUGAAGAUGACGCGGACGGUGAAGGAUCGCCUGCGGUUGUCGGUGGUGUGGAGGGAGCUGGGAUUGUCGAUGGUGUGGAGGGUACUGGGCCAGGUGGUGGUAUCGGCGCUACUGGAAGUCACAGCGGUGCCUUGAACGCGGACGUCGACGACGACGACGAUGAUGAUAUUCCACCUCUUGGAGUGGUCCCGGUCAGCGAUAGUGAAGAUGGAGAUGAGGACUGGGAUGGGGAUGAGGGGAUUGGACUUGGAUUUGGCGCGGGCGGUGGUGGUGGUGGUUCUAGUGGUGGUUCAGGUUUAGGUUUAGGUGCAGGUUCGGGUGGCGGCAAUGCUUUGGGUGGUGGUGGGCUCGCACUCGGAGGAGGAGGAAGUGUGGGAACAGGGAUUGGCGAUGAAGUUCAGGAAGUUCAGGCUAGUGGGAGCGGAGAUGCAGGAGGGAACCGUGGAUAUGGAACGAGAAGGAUUGGUGAAGUUGGAGGUGUGAGUGCUGAAGAGGGUGUGAGGGUUUGGGGGUUGGUCGAGUUUAUGGAGGAUCGGGUUUAG